UAAAAAUCAAUUGUUGUAGCUGUAGGAAAAUGCUGUCACAGGGGAUUUUUAAUGGUUGGAUUCUUCACUAAUUUUUUCACCUGUUUUUUCUUUGUUUUUCUGGAAUGCUGGUUGUGAGGUUUUGAUGUUUGAGAUGUGGUAUAUGGGUUAUUUAAGUGAUGUUUUAGCAGAGUUACUUCUUCGUGUGUGCGGAGUUUGUUUUCGAUUUGCUGAUAAAAUAGUAGCUUGUGGUAAAGGUAGAGCUCAAGGUGGAAAUUAGUAUGGGUUAGAUAUGUUGAAUCAGUGCAAUAAGGACCUGUCUGCUAUUUUUCUGAGAGACAAGUCUGCUUCGUGCUUAAGGAUCUUUAGUAAUGAUUUUUGUAUGAUUUGGAAGGAAUAUUUGGAAGUAAUAUUGGGCUGAAAACUGGAUAAGUUGAUACCGUAUCAGUGUAUGCUUUGCUGUAUCUGUUUGUAGAAAUGAAAGAAUCUGUGUCUUGUCUGUUCAACGUCUUAUGCUGGACAUUCCCUGUUUUGCUUCUGGUUCUAGCUCAAUUAUUCGAUAUAACUCUAGGGAAUUAAAACAAGGUAUUAAAGGCCGCUGUCUCACAUGCUGUCUUUUCAAAAAUAAAAAACAGAAAAUUUCCCUUAGAGUGUAUGCCCGUUUCUUUAGUUGUAGAGGCUGGGGUAGUAGAGUUUCUAUUUUAUGAACUGACGAAAAAUUUGGUAAGGUGGCAUUUCUCGUGGUCCUGAAAUGUGGAAAGGUUCCGAUACAUCAUGCAAAGUAUACAUGGGAGGUGUUUGCGGGCUGUAGUUGUGGUACUCAGUAGAUCAGUAACAGUACUUUGUUAAAUGAGUUGAAGAAGUCUUAUGUAUUUGCCUCAGUUCAGCAAUUAAAUCUUGCUGCACAUUUGUCAGUGUAGGAUACUUUCUCAGUGUAAUGCAAAGCCCAGUUGUUUGGUCAUUUUUUGUGUCUGGUUGAUUUCAUUACUCUUGUUACAUAAUACUUUCAUGUACUUUCUGCAACCCAUAGACCAUACACCACCAAGAGGUCCUGUGAGUACUUAAGUGCUUCUGAGCUCAAAGUUUUCAAGUCCGGUGCGUUGGGAUCAAAGACAAUUACUGCUCGGAUAGUGAAUUCCUCUCUUCAUACUGAGAUACUGUAUCUCACCAGUUGUUCUACCGAUUCUAGCUAACAUUGAAGGCUGAAUGUUUUUUUUUUAUUUAGUCGCUACUUUCUACAUCGGAAUAGAUUUGACUGAUUGGAAAGGUUUGCUUUGGUUUUGCUUUUGUCAGUGUAGUUUUAUACAAAGAAUCCAUAUCUGCACGAGUGUUAUUUUCUUCCAAAAUGCAGGUGUGUUCACUGAGUGAGCUAAGGGGCGGCAGAAUUACAUAGAAUGUUAGGCAUAUAAUGCAGUAUAAUCAAUAUUAUCCAUUCGUUUGCAUUUGACUCAUCAUAUUGCCCGCAUAAGAUUGAUUAUAAUUUGCAUUUGGGGAGGAGAAUAAUCACAAAAGGUGUUGGUGGGCUUAAGUGAAAGCAUGAUAUCCACGAGGAAUGUAGAAAAAAAUCCCUGGCAGAUAGUUUGUUUUGGAGAACAAUCCUGUGAUACUCGUCAUAGAAUUGGAGCUGCAACUCAGUGGUCUGGUGACAGCAGAAAUGAAAGCAACAUUUGGGAUUUUCUUCAUAUACUGUUCAUUUGUGGCUCCAUAUUGGUCUCGUGUUAAUCCUUCUGAUUGAGAAAAUAAUACUAUCCAACAUAAUACAGUGCUUUUUAAUCAAGUAAGUCAGAUGCUAAGUUUAUGUUGGGGGAUUAGAUUGUUUAAAGUUAAAUCAUGAACCAGAAUGGAACAAGUUGAUAUUCUUGCUCAGAUUGUGGAAAUGAUUUUUUUAAGGGAUAUUUGUUGUCAAAUUGGGCUUGGGAUUUCUCUGAAUGACUUAUCUGUAUGAAAACCAUUCUGGUGCUUUGUCAUCAGAACACAGAAAUCAUGAUGGAAAGGGAUACAGGACGUCCUCGUGGAUUUGGGUUUAUUACAUUUUCUGACCGUCGGGGAAUGGAGGAUGCUAUUAAAGAAAUGAAUGGACGGGAAAUCGGCGAUCGCAUCAUCUCAGUCAACAAGGCACAGCCUAGGGCAGGGGGUGAUGAUGCAGACCAAGGGUACAGAGGUGGCUACUCUUCAGGUGGCAGGGGUAGCUACGGGGCUGGAGAUAGGGUAGGACAGGAUGACUGUUUCAAAUGUGGUCGUCCAGGACACUGGGCCCGAGAUUGUCCUUUGGCAGGAGGAGAUGGUGGUCGUGGUCGGGGUAGUGGUUCUUUUUCUUCACGUCCUAGGUUUGGAGGUGCUGGUGGACACGGGGAUCGCUUUGGUGAACGUGAGCGGUACAUCGAUGAUCGUUAUGAUGGAGGACGUUACGGGGACAGGGACCGCUUAGACAACCGAGACUACAAAUAUAGUGGCCGUGAUCGCUAUGCUAGUGACAGGUAUGCAACAAGUGGAGGAGAUCGAUUUGCUGAUCGAUAUGGCAGUGGCUCAGACUACCCGCAAAAUGGUUAUGGGAAAGAAAGAGGCUAUGACCGCUAUGGUGGUGCUCGUGGAGGUGCUGAGAGAAAUGGAAGUGGAAUACCAGCUCGUGAGGAAGGAAGAAGUUAUAGGGGUAGGCCUGCUCCUUAUGACCGCCCCAGCAGGACUGCUCGGCCAUCAUCAUUUGACCGUUACUAAUUUUUAAUAGUUCAUGUUGAUCUUUUGAGUUAGAUAUUCAAAUGAGGAGGAAGAAUUAGGGGAGAUAGUUCUUGAUUAUGUAGGAACUCCUAGUUUCAGACAGCUGCUGGAUUGUAGUUUGAUAGUUUGUUUCUUUAUUCAGAUAAUGUGAGUUGUUACGAAGUUAUUUCCCAUCGUUUGUUCGAUGCGUUGACACUGCUCUCCUUUGAAAUGCAAUUGAACAUGGUGGUUA